AUGCUAAUGUGUUUAAAACCAUAUCACCACGUUAAGAUCUUAAAACUCCUAACAACCGCAGUAUUCGCAGUUGAAAGAAUGGUCGCUGUUUUCGUGGCAGCACUUCUUGCUUCUUUAUUCACUGAAGGGAGUGCUGAUUGUGUGGACCUCGAAUCCCUCGGCUCUGUGGAAAGCGAAAGGCUCCAACUGCAUCAUGCCGUAUACAGACUCAUAGAAGCGGAGCUUGCUUUGAAACUCCAUAAAGUUCGUAAUAAUGAAACAAUACACUGGGAAAAUUUUCUCGACGGUGCAGGUAAAAGAAUAGUUGAGCACAAUUCAUCAUCAUGUGUAAGGCAAGUUAUGGAAUCUUUGACAAUUGAGCUGGAUGUGACAGAAUCAGAAGAAGUCCCUUCUAUCAUCACACCACACAUCUUUGACGCUGUGUUUAAAUUAGCGAAGGUGCUAGUAAAAAUUUGCCCUAUUUCUGAGGAGAUGGAAGUACUUCAAAAUCUAGCCAAUGAUUCUUCGAAAAACACGACGGACGUUCAUGGGAAUUUUAGAACGGAAAGAACGAAACUAGUAGAAGUUAUGAUGGCUAUUAGUCACAAGUUCCCAACUCGCCCUCAAUGUUCUUUUUAA